UUUUUUAUUGUUAGACAGAUUUCUAUUUUUUUUUACAAUUUUCAGAAGAUUAAAAAUGGGAGAAUUUGUGCCAAAAUUUGAAAGGAAUAUGGAUCUUAAAGGCUUGGGGCCUCGCCCAUUGUCUACAGCUGGUGCAAUUCCUGUAAAGGAUGACAAAGGAAGAAUAGUCAUGAAGAAGGUCAAAGUACAGCGUUAUAUGGCAGGAAAAAUUCCAGAAUUCGCUCGUGAUGUGGAUUCUGACGAAGACAAUGCAGAACAAGAAGAAAAACAUGAGGACAAUCAAAGAGAUGAACGUGACCGUUAUAGACACCGAGAGAGUGAUAGCAGUCGCCAUUAUAGCAGGAGAAGUGAUCAUCGUGACAGUGAUAGACAUAGAAGCCGUAGAGACAACGACUAUGAAGAAAUUGAGAAGAAAUACAAACAGGAACUGAAGGACGAACUCGGAUUGGAAGAAGAAGAUGCAGUUGAACCCGAAUCUGCUUCAGAGGAUGAAGAGUUGGAAGAACGUCAUCGUAGGGCUUUACAACGGCGUCAACAAAUUGAAGAAGAAGAGCUUAACAGAGUGGAGCAAGAAGAACCUGAUGAAUAUGCUGAUGAGGAAAUUAUGCAAAGAAGACGUGAGCUUAUUCGAAUGAGACGUCGUCGGCAAGAAGAACAGGAACUUUUGGCUCGUCAGAAAGAAACUGAAGAAGUCAGUGAGGAAGAAAGUGAAGAGGAGAGUUCUGAGGAAGAGGAAGAUGAAAGUGAUGAUGAGAUGAUUCCGCGUUUGAAGCCUGUCUUUGUUCCAAAGAAUGACCGUGUAACUCUCGUUGAUGUAGACAAGGAGCAAGAAGGCCUAGAAAAAUUAAGAAAAUUACAAGUUGAAGAAAAACGUCGUCAAACAAUCAAAAUGGUUGAGGAGCAAAUGAAACAUGAAGCAGAAAUUGAAAAAGUAAAAAAAGAAGAAAGUGCUGCAAAAUUGGAUUUGGCAGCAAUAGAUACUGACGAUGAAAGUGAACAAAUAGCUUAUGAAAUGUGGAAAGUACGAGAAAUGAAAAGAUUGAGAAGAAAUCGGGACGAAAGAGAAGCAUUAGCUCGUGAGAAGGAAGAAAUGGAUCGAAUUCAUGGUAUGACAGAAGAAGAAAGGCGUGAAUAUAUGAGAUUACAUCCAAAGGUCAUAACAAACGAACAACGCAAAGGAAAAUACAAAUUUUUACAAAAAUACUAUCACAGAGGAGUUUUCUUUCUCGAUAAAGAAGAUGAUGUUCUUAAAAGAAAUUUUGCUGAAGCAACGGGGGAAGAUGUUUUUGAUAAAUCUGUUUUGCCUAAAGUUAUGCAGGUUAAAAACUUUGGAAAAGCAAGUCGCACAAAAUGGACACAUUUAACUGCAGAAGAUACAACUGACCAUCAAGGCGUUUGGGCAACACCAACACCUUUAAGUGCUAAAUUUGUAACUAAACAUGCAGCUGGGAUGAAACCUAUUUUUGAAAGACCGAUAACUAAAAAAAGAAAAGUUGGGGAUUAA